UGGUGGGAACGAUGCUAAGGCGGAACUCAAGUGUUGCAAGUGCACCGAAGGGACAGUUAUUGCAGUUACAACAGACGACUGUAUGAAGCGAUGUAGACGAACCGGGUGAAUAAACCAUUUUAUGAACAGCUGGGAACAUUUUGAAUGCAUUAGAUUAAAUGUGAAGUGUGUGCUCGACAGAGACGAACUGGAAACAUGGAUAAAAAGGUUUUAGCAGCGGAGUCUGAGCAGAUUGACUGGGGAGGAAGUGGAGCUGAAGAGGGGGACAAUAUGAAGAAGACCACAACCUUACCUAAGAAUGUCCACACUGGUCUUGCUCAUCCAUUUACACAUCCUGAGAAAUGUUCUCUGAUAAAAGGAGACUACCUCUACUUCCAUUAUGGCUGUGAUGGACAAGAUGACAGAGGCUGGGGAUGUGGUUACCGCACCAUUCAGACAAUGGCUUCCUGGCUUUGCCAUAGCUGUUUUCCACUUAACGACAAGCACAGGCCUCCCCCAAGCCUCCCAGAAAUCCAGCAAGCCUUGGUCACCAUGGGGGACAAACCAGGCUCGUUCUCAUGCUCCAGGGAGUGGAUAGGGACAUUUGAAGCCUCCCUGGUCCUUGACUAUUUCUAUGAUGUCCCCUGUAAAUUGGUACAUGUUAGAGGUGGAGGGGCAGAGCUGGAGCGUGUUGCAGUGGAAGAGCUCCAUCGGCACUUUGAGACGCAUGGAUCUCCAGUCAUGAUGGGAGGGGAUAGGGACAACUCCUCUAAGGGGAUAGUAGGGGUGUGCACUGGGGACAGGGGGAGCUACUUGUUAGUCCUUGACCCUCACUACUAUGGAUGUCAGCUGGAGAAGAUGGAGCUGCAGAGGAGAGGGUGGGUGGCGUGGAAAAGAGUAUCAUCAUUGGAUCAGUCUUCAUUUUAUAAUCUGUGUAUGCCUCAGACUGCCAAAAAAGGAACAAACUAAGUGACAGCCACUCAGUUUCAAACUUUUAAAUGAAUUAUUAUUUGUGGGGAUGAACUAACUAAAUAAAAUGUGGGAUUUCUUCAUCUAGAUGCAAUGCAAAGUGUUUACUGAGAUGGACUUUGUUCUGGACUGUGAGUAUUGAAAUUUUAAAAGCAGCUGUAGUGCCAUCCUUUGGAUGGAAUCAAAAUUACAACGUAUUUUAGGAACAAACUACUAAAACAACUUGAUGAUCAAUUUCUUCAUUAUUGCUACAUUAAAAUCCUGUUGAAGAUCAAA